AUGUCCUGGUUCCAGAAACAAUUCACGCUCCCCUCGCGCUCGCGAGGCAGCUACCUCAUCACAGACACCGUGGUCAACGAACUGCCCGAGAUCAAAAACUACAAAGUCGGCCUCCUCAACCUCUUCAUCCAACACACCUCCUGCGCGCUGUCACUAAACGAGAACUGGGACGAGGACGUGCGCGCCGAUAUGAGCGAUGCUCUCGAUCGGAUUGCCCCGUAUGAUAAGAAAGGCAAUUUGUAUAGGCAUAGUGCUGAGGGGGAGGAUGAUAUGCCUGCUCAUAUCAAAUCUGCUCUUGUUGGCGCAAGCGUCACAAUUCCCAUCUCUAAUGGCCGACUUGCUACGGGCACAUGGCAGGGUAUUUGGUAUUUGGAAUUCCGGGCGAGUCGGCAUUCGAGGAAGGUGGUUGCAACGAUACAGGGUGAAAAGGCGUGA